AUGAGGUCAGCGACAAACAAACAUUUGCACACCCACAGAUCGACAGCUCGAAACCCUCCGCGAGACAAUGAGGCGAAGUCGAGCCUAUGGUUCGAGCUGGGAAUAAGACCGAUCCUUUGGUAUGCUGAGUUCGGGUUGGGCAGAUUCACUCUUAAUCAAGCAGACAUAAAGUGGGGCCACUUGAGGUGGAAUUUAAGACUCGGGCUGACCACGGUUUCGGUUUUGACCGGGCCCCAUCAACUUCCUCAGGAUUCACUAACUCCAGUUCGGUACCAGCCGAGAGUGUAA